AUGAGUAGGUUGCCAUUUUCUUUGUCAGAAACUAGGAGUUCAGAAGCUUUUCAUCGAAUACAUUUAGAUGUAUGGGGUCCAAGUCCAUGUACUUCUAUCUCCGGAUAUAGAUAUUAUGUCAUCUUUGUUGAUGAUUGUACAAGAUAUACAUGGGUUUAUCCUUUAAUCAAUAAAUCUGAUGUGUUUGGUAUCUUUGUCAAGUUUCAUGCUUAUAUUUCCACCUUCUUUAAUAAGCAUAUCAAAAUCUUUCAAAGUGAUGGUGGUGGCGAGUUUGUGAACACAGCUAUGAGAGAUUUUUUGGCCAAACAUGGGAUUCUUCAUUAUAAAUCUUGUCCUCACACCCCUCAGCAGAAUGGAUUAGCUGAGCGGAAGCAUAAGCAUCUUGUAGACACUGCCUUGACUCUAUUGUCCACAGCCUCUAUGCCACUGAAAUUCUGGUUUCAUGCUGUCUCUAUAGCUAAUUUUCUUAUAAGUAGGAUGUGUACCAAAGUGUUGAACUGGGAUUCUCCGUACAGCAAGUUAUUUGGUGUUUCUCCUCAGUUGCAAGCUUUAAAAGUAUUUGGUUGUGCCUGCUAUCCCUAUCUCAGACCCUAUCAACCUCAUAAGCUACACUUCAGAUCAUCUCAAUGUGUCUUUGUUGGUUACACCUUGGACUACAAGGGUUAUUUGUGUUUUCGCAUUUCCACCUCGAGGUUGUACAUUUCCAGGCAUGUAAUCUUUGAUGAGAAUGUCUUCCCUUUUGCUACAAUCAAGGCUAACACUGUCAAUCCUCUCACUAUGCCCUUUCCUUCUUCCGUCACUCCUUUAUAUACUUCUCCAAUAAGAGCUCACUUGCCUCCAACAAUUACUGCUUCUCUUCAUGAUCAUGGUGAAAAUAUUAGUGACAGUGGUGGUACAAGUGGUAAUGCAGAAAUUGGGAUUAAUGGAAAUGGUGGUGUAAGUGCUAGUGCAGGUAAUGUUAUUGAUGCGGCAAGUGAUAAUCCAGAUAAUGGAAAUGAUGACCAUUGUGUUGGUAUUGGUAGCAAUGGUGUUGGUAUUGGUAGCAAUGGUGUUGAUGAAGGGAAUACACAUGAAGGAAGUAAUGACAAUUGGCACAAUGUUGUUGACAAUGGCAUUUCCAUCCCUGUGGAACUUCCAUUGAUCAUUCCACAUGCUGAUACAAGUAGUAAUUCUUUUCAUGCAACCACUUCUAAUGUGCAUCCUAUGAUUACAAAGUCUAAGGUUAGGGUGUCCAAGAAGAAGAAAGCUUUUGCUGCCUCCAAGAAAGUGUUCUCUGUGAUCUCAAGAUCCAAGGAUGAUACAAUCCAAGAGCCUAAGACUUACAAACAGGCUCUGCAAAGCCCUGAGUGGUUUGCUGCAAUGAAAGAGGAGUUUGAUGCCCUGCACAGACAAAAGACAUGGUCUUUAGUUCCUUUGCCUUCUCACAGAACAGUGGUAGGAUGCAAGUGGGUUUUUAAAGUAAAAAAGAAUGCAGAAGGAUCAGUUGCAAGGUUUAAGGCUCGUUUAGUUGCAAAAGGAUACCACCAAGAAGAAGGAAUAGAUUACACAAAGACCUUUAGUCCUGUUGUCAAGCACACCACAGUUAGAUUAAUCUUGGCAUUGGCUACUCAAUUCAAGUGGAAACUGAAACAAUUAGAUGUCAAAAAUGCAUUUUUGCAUGGUGUACUCACAGAGGAGGUGUAUAUGGAUCAACCACCUGGACUUGUUGACCAAGGCUCUCCUCAAAUGGUUUGCAGGUUACAUAAGUCAUUAUAUGGUCUCAAACAGGCUCCUAGGGCAUGGAAUGAGAGAUUUUCUACUCAUUUGAUUCAUCUUGGUUUCACUCAGUCUUUUUCAGAUCCAGUUCUCUUCAUUUACAAUAAAGGUUUUGUCUUGAUGCUUUUAUUGCUCUAUGUAGAUGAUAUUAUUCUCACAGGAAACAAUCAAGCUGCAAUUGACAAGUUGAUUCUUACUCUCAGUGCUGAAUUUGACAUGAAGGAUCUAGGAGAGUUGUCUUAUUUUCUGGGACUACAAAUUCAACAUACUUCCUCAAGCUUGUUUGUCAAUCAGGCUAAAUAUGCUUCAGAGUUACUUGCCAAGAUGAACAUGCAGACUUGUGCCACUGUCCCUACUCCAAUGCUACCAGGAACAAAACUUUACAAGAAUGAUGGUGAGUUGUUGGACAAUCCUUCUCUUUAUAGAAGUAUUGUCGGAGCUCUUCAAUAUCUUACUUUCAGCAGACCAGACAAAGCAUACGUAGUUAAUUAUGCUUGUCAAUUCUUGCAACAACCUACGACCACACAUCUCAUUGCAGUCAAAAGAAUUUUGAGAUAUAUACAAGGCACUCUUGACUAUGGGAUUCAGUUUACUUCAGGAUUCCUAGAGUUACAGGCCUACACAGAUGCUGAUUGGGCAGGUGACCCUAAUGAUCGCAAAUCAACAUCAGGUUAUGUAGUCUUCUUAGGGAGAAAUCCUAUUUCUUGGGGAGCAAAGAAACAAACGACAGUAUCCAGGUCUUCCACAGAGGCAGAGUAUCGAUCUCUUGCAAAUUCAGCGUGUGAGUUGGUUUGGCUCAAACAGUUAUUGCAGGAAAUCCACAUCACUCUUCGUAAACCACCAGUUAUCUGGUGCGAUAAUAUUUCUGCGAUUGCUCUUGCUCAUAAUCCAGUCUUUCAUAGUAAGACUCGACAUAUGGAAAUUGAUGUUCAUUUCGUUCGAGAGAGAGUUCAAAGGAAGGAAAUGCAAGUCUGUCAUCUAUCUAGUACUGAGCAACUUGGAGAUAUUCUGACCAAAAGCUUAGCUGCUCCUCAGUUUCAAUAUCUGCGCAACAACCUCAUGCUUGGUAAACCUCGCAUGAGUUUGCAGGGGGAACGGUGCUGUUUCGAUAUCUCUCAGCUGCAUCCAUUUAUAAGAGCUGCAGAUGGUACAGAUUCUUGGUCCAGAUUUUUCCAGCCUCAAAUUUCACUUUCUACUAAUUCUUUUGGUUGGCUGUGCAAUACUGUGGAGGAAAUUGAACCCUUUGGAUUGGAUAUCUUGAGGAAAAACUUGAGGCGUCCUGUUUGGUCCACUGGACCUCUCAUUCCUAGAGAGGCACUCAAGAACACAUCAACUUUGGAUUUAAGUGUCUCAAGGCAACGUGCAGGAAAAACACUCAGUUUUCCUGCUGAGAAAUGCCUUGAAUGGCUUGAUCAACAUGCUUCAGAUUCUGUUAUUUAUAUUUCGUUUGGUUCUCAGAACACAAUCAGUGAAACCCAAAUGAAGGAAUUGGCUAUUGGGUUGGAAGAAAGUGGGAGGGCUUUCAUUUGGGUCAUAAGGCCUCCAGUAGGGUUUGAUUUGAAAGGAGAGUUCAGAGAAGAGUGGCUUCCUCAAGGAUUUGAAGAGAGAAUGAGCAAAAGCAAACAAGGCUUGUUGUUGCACAACUGGGCACCUCAGUUGGAGAUUUUGUCACACAAAUCUACAAGGGUGUUUGUGAGUCAUUGUGGGUGGAAUUCAGUAAUGGAGAGCUUGAUCCAGGGUGUGCCAAUUGUUGGGUGGCCAUUGGAUGCAGAGCAGGGUUAUAAUUCCAAGAUGUUGGUGGAGGAGAUGGGUGUGAGUGUGGAGCUGGCAAGGGGUGUGCAAAGUAAUAUUGUUGGGAAGGAGGUGAAGGGUGUGAUUGAUUUGGUGAUGGAUGAAGGUGGAAAAGGAGGAGAGAUGUGGAAAAAUGCCGUUGAGAUUAAGGAGAAGAUAAGAGCAUCAAUAAGAGAUGAUGCUGAAGAAAAGGGGUCUUCUGUUAAGGCAAUGGAUGAUUUGGUUGCUGCUCUUUUAUCAAAGAAACAAGAAUCAUCAAAAUCCAGUAACUAA